AUUCUGUCCCCAACAUCUCUAAUUGUACGCUGCCUUCCAUGGCGCAUUCUUUGCAUGCUACGCAUCACAGGGAGUCACGGGAUUUCCAAUCAACCAGUUCUUCCCUUGGGCUCACAAUCAGUAAAUAACCGUGUCAUGGGCUUUUUUCUUCAAUGUAAUGCGGAUUCCUCUUCCCCUUCCUGGCAUUGCCAUGCUCGUGCUCGACUCACACUUGUUGCUCAAAAAGUUGGCUGUGAAAGUCUUACAAAGCCAAUAGAACACACUUUUUUUUUUAAGGAAAAUGAUUGGGGGUUUUCUUGUUUUUUACCCUGGAGCGAGGUGACCAAUCCCAAACGCGGCUUCAUUAUUCCACUAAAGAGGCAGAUCAAGCCAAAUCUUCCAAGCCCAAAUUCGCAGAGCUUGGCUAUAAAAACUCGGGAUAAUGCCGAUGCUGAAGAUGAAACCUCUGAAAAUUGUUCUGGUGAAGUUGAUGAAUUAGAUGACAAUGAUUAUCCUGGAUUAGAGCGAGAUAUGCUGAUAUUAAGAGUCAAGCUUCAUGCCGAUGCACCGCAUGGCGUUGAUUGGGACUCCAAGCGUUUUACAGGAUUUGUUGGUCUGAAGAAUCAAGGUGCAACCUGUUACAUGAACUCUUUGCUGCAAGCACUCUACUUCACAAAUAAACUUCGUCGUGCCGUUUUUAUGAUGCCUACUGAGAGUGACAACUCAAUAACCAGUGUGCCACUUGCUUUGCAACGAGUGUUUUACGAAUUACAAUUUGGUGAAAAGGCCGGUGGCACCAAAAAGCUAACACGAAGUUUUGGCUGGGAGACAUUUGAUUCCUUUAUGCAGCAUGAUGCCCAGGAACUCUGUCGAGUUCUUAUGGACAAUAUGGAGAAUAAGAUGAAAGGAACUAGGGUAGAGGGAACUAUUCCCGAACUUUUCUGCGGUAAAAUGCUCUCCUACAUCCGAUGCAAACAUGUUCCUUAUGAAUCGAGUCGUGAGGAGAAUUUUUAUGAUAUACAACUCAAGAUUAAAGGAAAUAAAGAUAUAUAUGAAGCUUUUGAUGUAAGUAUCUUUUAUGGACCUUCCAAUAAUUCAGCAUACCUUUACAUCCCCCACAUUAUUAUAUUUCAUAUGCUUGAUUCAACUUGA